GCGCGGGAAAGGGGCCGUGCGCGCGAAAAAUGGCGGCGGUCGAGCCUGGCCCCGCUCCCGCCGGCUGCGGCCACUACGAGCUGCCCUGGGUGGAGAAGUACCGGCCGCAGGCGCUGGCGGAGAUCGUGGGCAACGAGGACACCGUGAGCCGCCUGCAGGUCUUUGCAAGGGAGGGAAAUGUACCCAAUAUAAUAAUUGCCGGUCCUCCAGGAACGGGCAAGACCACCAGUAUCCUCUGUUUGGCUCGUGCACUUCUCGGUCCUGCAUUAAAAGACGCUGUUCUGGAACUGAAUGCCUCAAAUGAUAGGGGCAUCGAUGUUGUAAGGAACAAAAUUAAGAUGUUUGCUCAGCAGAAGGUCACGCUUCCAAAAGGUCGGCAUAAGAUAAUCAUUCUGGAUGAAGCCGACAGCAUGACAGAUGGAGCCCAGCAAGCCUUGAGAAGAACAAUGGAAAUUUAUUCUAAAACCACUCGCUUUGCACUGGCAUGCAAUGCCUCUGAUAAGAUCAUAGAGCCGAUCCAGUCUCGCUGUGCAGUGCUGCGCUACACCAAGCUGACGGAUGCACAGAUCCUUGCCAGGCUAAUGAAAAUUGUAGAGAAAGAGAAUGUGCCAUAUGCAGAUGAUGGACUGGAAGCCAUUAUAUUCACAGCACAAGGAGAUAUGAGACAGGCCUUAAACAACUUGCAGUCCACCUAUUCUGGAUUUGGCUUUAUUAACAGCGAGAAUGUUUUUAAGGUGUGUGAUGAGCCACACCCUCUGCUGGUGAAAGAAAUGAUACAGCACUGUGUGAAUGCAAACAUUGAUGAAGCAUACAAGAUUCUUGCCCAUUUGUGGAGGCUUGGAUACUCGCCAGAGGAUAUCAUUGGCAACAUCUUUAGAGUGUGCAAAACCUUCCAAAUGGCUGAGUAUCUGAAACUGGAGUUCAUCAAGGAAAUUGGAUAUACUCACAUGAAGAUCAUGGAAGGGGUGAACUCCCUCCUGCAGAUGGCUGGGCUGCUUGGCAGGCUCUGUCAGAAGACGGCUGCACUGGAAGCCAGUUAAAGGAUUUCCAUGGACUGGAGUUACAUUACCAGGUUGUGGCAUGCAAGGUGUGCAGCUGCCAGCAGGCUGGCACCACAUAUACACUGCCAGCACAGAAUGAGGGGAAUUUAUUCCUUUUGCUUUUGCUGAACCUGAAAGUGAGAGCCAACCUUCUUUUUAAGGUGUCUUGUCCUUUUUGUAGACUAAAUAAAAAUUAAAACCUCUUG